UAAAAGUUGGGUUAGGGAGCAUUGUUUUGAAGCUCAUAUGCAAUUUGCUGCCUUAUUUGUGCAGAAUUGCGACGGGAAAUUCUAGUUUUUCCGUGUAUUUAGGAAGCAUGAUAGCCAUUAGAGUACUUCAGCCUGUGAAAUGUGUUAAAUCACUGAAUUCUCGUCUUUUCUGCAGCGCCAAGAAGCCCACCUGGCCCAGGAAAAUCUUCUCCGGUAUCCAACCGACGGGUGGACUUCACAUUGGGAACUACCUGGGGGCGAUUUCUCAGUGGGUGAAUCUGCAAAAUGCCGGCGAAGACGUCACGUACUGCAUUGUGGAUCUGCACUCAAUCACGCUGCCUCAGGAUCCUGCCGGCUUGAGGGAGAACAUCCUGGGCGUGACGGCAUCUCUAUUGGCUUGCGGCAUUGACCCGAAGAAAUCCACGCUAUUCCUCCAGUCGGACGUGAAGCAGCACGCGGAAUUGGGAUGGAUUUUGGGCUGUCACACGACAAUGGCUCGCCUUGGGCAUUUGCCGCAGUUCAAGGAGAAAUCGGCGAAGGUCAAGGAAAUCCCGCUGGGAUUGUUUGUCUAUCCGGUGCUUCAGGCAGCAGAUAUUCUACUCUAUAAGGCGACUCAUGUUCCUGUCGGGGAGGAUCAAGUGCAGCACCUACAGCUGGCUCAGCACCUCGCUAAGACGUUCAACACCAAGUUUGGCGCCACAUUUCCGCACUGUCACGCUCUGGUGGCGGACGACUUGAGCAACAGGAUCAAGAGUCUGCGUGAGCCGACGAGGAAGAUGUCGAAAUCAGAUGCGGAUCCCAAGGCGACAAUCCUCCUCACCGACUCGCCGGACGCUGUGGUGGAGAAGGUGAAGAAGGCCGUGACAGACUUCACGUCCGCCGUGACGUUCGAUCCGGAAAACCGUCCGGGCGUCUCGAAUCUGAUCACAAUUCACUCGCUGAUGAGUCAGUGGUCGCCCGAAGAAAUCUGCGAGAUGAACACGGAUGUGGACACGGGAAAGUACAAGGCCAGAGUGGCGGAAGCUGUGGUGGAACACUUGACGCCCAUCCGGCUGAGGAUUGAGGACUUCCGGCGCCAUCCCGACUAUCUGUGUCAAGUGCUGGACGAAGGAGCUCAAGUGGCCACUGAGCUGGCAGAGGCAACGAUUCAGACAGUCAAGGAGAGACUGGGACUGGGCAAAACGACUCAUUCGCGGCAAGAGUGCAAGAAAAUAGAGGAAAAUUAGUAAAAAAAAAAGUAUGAUUUGUGAAGAUAGGAAACCAAAAAAUUGCUUUUACAACUGUUUAAGAUGUGUUUUCUUAACCAUUCAAUUUGCAUAAAAACGACGGAAAUAACGAAGCUUAAAUGCCGUUUGUCUCGGCUCCUAAAAACCAUUAAAUUCAAAUUUUAUGUUUCCAAACAAGCAUGAAACAUCAGGAUACACUUGGGAAAUGCCCGGAAUAUCCGGGAAACUCUUUUUCUUCUGGCCAAAUAUGAUUC